UUCCCCUGCACCCACGGCUCUCCCUCCCUCUCCCGUCUCCCCUCUCCUUUAUAAGCUCCCACCCAAGCUUUCACUUCACCUCCACCACAAUUCGCACCUCCCUUGCGCCCUUGCCUUGUUCACCGGUCGCCUGACCGCAGUUGAGCGAUCCUCGCUCCCCGUUCCUUCUUCUACACCUUCUUCCUUGGUGAAGUAUAAGUUGAUCCGGCCGAUCCUAUCCAGAUAUCCACUCCAAGCUCGUCUCUUCAAUCCAAAGCCACGCCCUCAAACAAGAAAGAUCCAGGAGAAACCAUCGAUCGGGACAUCUCCAGCCUAGCCAUAUACAUGGCCGGCCUGUGCUCUGUUCUUGCCUGAGCACCACCCCUGCCGAUCACCGAGAAACUAAGAGAGCAAGGGAGAAGAAGAAGAAGAAGAAGAAGAAGAAGAAGAAGAAGCUCUCCGUACAAUCGAGCUGGGCUAGCGAGAAUGCGGCAGAUCUCGUCGAUGCUGCAGGGGCUGGCCCGCUCCAUGUCUCUGGGGAAGGAGAGGAAGCAGGCGGAGGAGGCGCAGGGGACGGUGCUGCGGUCGUCGGGGACGCUCUGGGGCGAGGGCUCAGAGACCUUCGCCGCCGCGUGCUCCCGCCGCGGCGAGAAGGGCACCAACCAGGACACCUCCAUCGUCUGGGAGGGAUACGGGUGCCAGGACGACACCAUCUUCUGCGGGGUCUUCGACGGCCACGGCCAGUGGGGCCACUACGUCGCCAAGGCCGUCCGGGAGUCGCUGCCGCAGCAGCUGCUGUGCCGCUGGCAGGAGGCCGUCGCGCUGGCGUCGCUCAUCGACGGCGAGAAGAGGCUCGGCGACUGCCAGUUCGACCUCCUGAGGCAGUCCUACCUGGCCGCCGCCGCCGCCGUCGACGACGAGCUCCGCCGGAGCCGGCGCCUCGACGCCGUCAACAGCGGCUGCACGGCUCUGUCCAUCGUCAAGCAGGGCGACCUGAUGGUGGUCGCCAACGUCGGCGACUCGCGGGCCGUCCUCGCGACCACGUCCGACGACGGCGACGUCACCGCCGUCCAGCUCACCGUCGACUUCAAGCCCGACCUGCCCCAGGAGAAGGCGCGCAUCACGCAGUGCGAGGGCCGCGUGCACUGCCUCGACGACGAGCCCGGCGUGCACCGGGUGUGGGUGCCCCACCGGGAGGCGCCGGGGCUGGCCAUGUCGCGGGCCUUCGGCGACUACUGCGUCAAGGACUACGGCGUGAUCUCGGCGCCGGAGGUGACGCAGAGGAGGAUCACCGCCCAGGACCAGUUCGUCAUCCUCGCCACCGACGGGGUCUGGGACGUGCUCUCCAACGAGGAGGCCGUGCGGAUCGUGGCGGCGACGCCGGACAGGGAGAAGGCCGCGAAGCGGCUCGUCGAGUGCGCCGUCCGCGGGUGGAGGCGCAAGCGGCGGGGCGUCGCCGUCGACGACUGCUCGGCGGUCUGCCUCUUCUUCCACACGCCGGCGCCCUGAACGAGCCGCCCCGGGACCGCGAUUGCAUUGCCGUCAGGGCGAGGGGAUAGCGACCCGUCCACUUGCCGGUAGAUCGAUCGAUCGGUGCGCGGCGUCGCCGUCGGAGAGAGACGACCAGAAGGUGCAGUUCCCGCCAUGAUUGGGACGGCUGCACGAAUGACCGGGGCGGUGGGUCAACUGCCGCCGGUGGAUCACCGAAAAUUUCUCCGGUUUUCACACGCUGCUUGCCGGAAUGUACGAGGAUCAACGGCAGCCACUAGCAAAUGGCAGAAGAAACAAGGCGCACUUUGUACUUAUUUUCGCCUUGCAUGGCUCUCGUGUUCGCGUCAAAAAUGCCCUAUGAGAGACGCUAAUAUGAAAAAAAAAAUAUUGGUGUACAUGA